UCGCCGUAGGGAGGCUUCUCUUCUAAGAUGGCGGCGCCCAGCGGAGCAGGCGCCUGGCGGCUCCGGGCCGGGCUAGUCCCCGUUCUCCUCUUGUUCGCCUCGGCCGAGGAAGGGCCCAGCACGGCCGAGUUCGACGUGCGGCCCGGCGGGAUGGUUCAUUCCUUCUCCCGGAGCCUGGGGGAUUACACCUGCACAUUCACAUAUGCGUCUCAGGGAGGGACCAAUGAGCAAUGGCAGAUGAGCACUGGAGUCAGUGAAGACAACAAGCUCUUCUCCUGUUCAGUGUGGAGGCCCCAAGGAAAGUCUUAUCUCUUCUUUACCCAGUUUAAAGCUGAAGUGAAAGGAGCAAAGAUAGAGUAUGGCAUGGCUUAUUCCCAAGCUGCGACGGGUGGACAGAGCGACGUCCCCUUAAAGGCAGAGGAAUUUGAAAUCACCGAAACCACAGUGGCUCACAAAGAAGGCAAGUUCCGUUCCGAACUGUCUAAACUAGUGAUUGUAGCGAAAACGCCCCAUGAUGAGUUGUGAUCCGGGGACCUAGGGAAGGGGCUUGUCUCUCGGCUGGAGAAGCAUGGCGGAUAACGGGGACUUUUUCUUAAUUGCUGGUUGUCUAGGGUGUUCUUUCCUGUUUCCCACACAGAAGUAUAUUGGGGUCUGCUCUGAACUGGACUUGGAGGUGUUAAGACAGAUACCCUCUGUCUUGUGUCAGAGUAACCAUGUGCCUGAGAUGCUGGAAGCCUUUGCAGCUGGAGACUUCCUCUGAGAUUCUUGAUCUGUAGCCAGCCAUUCUGUUGCCUGCUUUAUGCUUCAGUGAUCAGCUGAAUAGGGUAAAGCUCUCCCCCAGCUGUGUCCCUUAUCUUCCUUGCUAAGCAGAGCAAUGCAGAAAGAUAAGGAGCAGGAUUUUAAGGAGGUUUGCUAAAGGAAAGUAUUUAACUCUCUGGUUUCUGGAGAGCGAAUAGGGUUUCUGCCCAGAAGCGUGACAGGAAGAACAGACUGAACGGGUAGUAGGAGGGGGUACGGAACCGGCCAAACCCAUUCACUGUCCUAUCUGGUGGCUGAUCACCAACGAACAGCAUUUGGUGAGCUGAAGAGGAAACACUGCCCUGUUGCCCAGAUCAGAAUUUGGCACCUUGGCAUAAGAAAAGCAGAGCUGUGGGGUCCACAUGGGCCUGGUUUAUUCUGAUACCACACAGAAAUCCAUCCAAUGAGGCAUCCAUUAUUCAAUAGAGAUCUGGGACUAUUUUCAUAUAUACUGAAGUGAUUUUCUUAUUUAGUCUAAUAACUGAAGGAAUCCAGAAUUCCCUUCAUAUGUAUAUAAAAAAAAUAAAAUAAAGCAUCUUGUCUCCAA